AACCAUAGAGUUUUUGUUUAACUCCGCACACAUAACAUAAGCUUAACGCGCGUGUGUGUGUGUGACCUCCUCUCUUCUCUUCUUACACAACACGAUCACACCCAAUUUGGACCAUAAAGAGAGAAAGAAACAAAAAAAAAAAACACACUUCAAAAUCAUCAUCAUCAUGUUGACGAACACGAUCUAAUUUUUCCUUUUACAUAUAGAAUUCCCAAAACUCCAGAUUAUUUUUUUCCUUUUGUUUUUUUAUUCGACGGUGAUGUUGUAGUUUCCAAACCCUCUAUAACGUUGUCUCCUACUUCUCUCCUUAUCACGUUUCAGCUUCUUCCUCCUAUUUUGAAUUGUGAAGUUGAAGUUUUUGAAAGAUUUGAUGAUGGAUUGAUCUGAUUUCGAAAUUUUCAUUUCUGUUUUAAGGGUUCAAUUGAUUUCGAUCAGAUUGAACCCAGUUCCAGUCCAAUCCAAUCAGGAAUCAGAGUCUGGAAUUGUUCUUCUUGAUUAAGAGAGAUCGAAUUAGAUUUGAUCUGUUUCCUCUCUCUCUCUCUCUCAAAAAAAAAAAAAGGAUUCAGCUUUCUCUGAGAUGGUAUAUUUCCAGAACUCAAUCUCACUCAUAGACCAAUCUCCAAACAUGGCUCACUCUGCAGAUUUCAAUCAUCAUCAUUCAAAACACUCAAGAAGCAUCAACAAGAGACCAUCAUCGUCAUCAUCAUCAUCAAGCUGUUCUUCGAAUUUCUCAGUCUGCUGUGACGGAUCUAGAUCAGCUGCGAUCGAUGUUUUGAUCUUGAUCGCUGUGAUCACAUCUUCCGGGUUCUUGAUCUUCCCUUACAUCAAAUUCAUCACUGUCAAAUCUCUCGAGAUCUUCUCAGAGCUUUCUUGUUUAGUCAAAGAAGAGAUCUUGCGUAACCCUGAUCCUAUUGUCUAUGGUUUGAUAGCUUUGAGCAUCUCAUGCACUGCUUUAUCUGCUUGGAUGAUUGUUAUACUCUUGUGUAGUCGUCAUAGAUGUGGGAAACCCAAUUGUAAAGGGCUUAGGAAAGCGAAUGCUGAGUUUGACAUUCAGUUAGAGACUGAGGAUUGUGUUAAGAGCAGCAACAGUGGGAUGAGUGUUAGCAAGAAGGGUUUGUUUGAGUUGCCUCGUGAUCACCACCGUGAGUUAGAGGCAGAGCUGAAGAAGAUGGCUCCACCUAAUGGAAGAGCCGUGCUUGUUUUUCGGGCGAAAUGCGGGUGUUCGGUUGGGAGAUUAGAGGUUCCUGGACCUAAGAAGCAGCAACUUCAGCAAAGGAAGGUCAAGAAAUGAAGCCAAAAAGGUUCAAUCUUUUUGAGGUAAAGAUAAAGAUCAUUACAGGGGUAUGAUGAUGAUGAUGAUGACGAUGAUGAUUAGCUUAUAAACAACUUUUGCUCUUUUGGGUUUAGUGUUUUUUUUUGCUUUCACAACAACUUCUUACACAAACUAAUAUAUGUUUAAAUCUCCAUGUGUUUAAAUAAAAGCUUUACAUUGAGAGGAUAUUGCAGAGAAAAAUAGUUUAUACUUACUAGUAAAGAAUAAUGAUUACUUUGGUCU